ACUCCGAUUCCCAGAAUCCCAAGCGUGACAGCUCACAUCUAUGAGCGUCAGAGUCAGACGGAGACACAGAUGAAAUCAAAGGAAUAUAAAUUAUUUGUCUCCGCCUAUCUCGAAAUAAAAUAAAUAAAAACAUUCAGCGAUAACAUGAGUUGAUUUUAUCGCAGGUUUAGGAGAUCUUGGGCAGGGAUUUAACAUGCGUCCCUGCUCUACUGUCAUGCACCUGCUGCUCCGAUGCAUGCGCAGGUGUUGCAGGCACAGUCACAGGCACAGUCGCAGUCGCAUGGCCAGAAGACUAAGGCAGCCUGUUAACUACAUCAGACUGAUCUUCAAAUCCCUUUAUUUUAACUCCCUUACCAACUCUGAAGUGUUGCUGGACUGCAUCCUUGAACCAGUGUUUUGGAUGGUGGAGGUUGUCACACGCUGGUUUGGAAUGGUUUUUGUAUUUUUAGUAGUAGCUCUUACCAGUUCUGUGGUUUUCAUCGGUUAUUUCUGCCUUCUACCGUUGGUCCUCCAAACAUACUCUCCUGGCUGGAUGAUUUGGCACAUUUGUUACGGACAUUGGAACUUGGUCAUGAUAGUCUUCCAUUACUACAAGGCCACAAAAACUCCCCCUGGAUACCCUCCAAAGACGAAAAAUAAUGAUGUCCCGUUUGUGUCGUUCUGUAAAAAGUGUGUCAUUCCUAAACCAGCACGAAGUCAUCACUGUGGCAUCUGUAAAACCUGUAUUCUAAAAAUGGAUCACCAUUGCCCUUGGCUUAACAACUGUGUUGGUCAUUACAAUCAUCGUUACUUCUUCUCCUUUUGUCUCUGUUUGACUUUGGGCUGCAUGUAUUGUAGCAUCAGCGGUCACAGUCUGUUUAUCGAUGCAUACAAUGCCAUAGAUCAAUUCAGACACUUGGAAGCGGAGAAACAGGGUGUCCCGGUGACAGGGAUUGGGUUGCUCAUCGGCAUUGUCCCAUCAGAAGGCAUGGCUGGGAAGGUAGUGCAGGUUUCGCAACCUCCAUACACCUACAAAGACAGAAUGUUUCACAAGAGUGUUAUGUACAUGUGGGUCCUCACAAGCACAGUGGCAGUCACCCUAGGAGCUCUCACACUGUGGCAUGCUGUACUUAUCACCUGUGGAGAAACCAGCAUUGAACGCCAUAUAAACAACAAAGAGGCCAAACGUUUGGCGAAACGUGGAAAGGUCUAUCGGAAUCCUUUCAAUUAUGGUAAACUAAACAAUUGGAAGGUCUUCUUUGGUGUAGAAAAGAGAAGUCAUUGGCUGACACGAGUUCUCCUACCCUCUGGACACAGCCCAUAUGGUGACGGGCUGACAUGGGAUAUUUACCCUCUUAAGAAAGACAUGAUGCAAGUCUGAGAUAUUAAAAACUUGACUGUUUCAGUUGCUGAUGAGCAACAUUCUCAUCAGGGUGAGUCUCACCCACUGUGCCAAGACUGAAUUCAGAACCAGAGACCUGGGAACACGGGAGUCUGCAGAGCCAGGAUUUAGGAUCUUACUGGAUGCAAAAUGAAAGGGCUGUUCUCCAAAAAAAAAAACACCAUGCAUAUUUUGGAUAUUUCUAUCAGUAUUCUGUAAUGAAAUCCAUGACUGUUGUCUGUGUGAUCUAUGAAAGAUAAUGUGUUUAAAGGGAUAUUUCACCCAAAAAUAAAAAUACUGUCAUUUACUUACCCCUAAAUGAACCUGUUUGAGUUUCUUACUUCUGCUGUGCACAAAAGAAGAUAUUUUGAAGAGUUUUGGUAACCAAACAGUUGAUGGUAGCUAACAUCCUUAGUAUGGGCAAAAGUUACUAAUGUACAAUAUUUUGUGUUCAACAGAAGAAAGAAUCUCAUACAGGUUUGAAACAAGUGGAGGGUAAAUAAAUGGCAGAAUUUUUUUUUUUUUUUUUUUUUUUGUAAACUAUCGGGCUUGUAGCCAGGUUGAGAUUAAGUUUGACUAUGUAAAUAUAAUUUUUUAACUCAUUAUUUAUGUCACGUACAGUAUCAUUAUUUAAAUCCACUGAAAUCCAAUACUUCAAAGUCAACCACAUCUGAAUAAACUUGGCUAGAAUUGUA